AUGAGGCUUCCUGCGAUCCCUGAUGCGGCCUUGGAGCAGCACCGCAAGAUUGAAAAAAUGUUGGCUGGUGCUGGCGGGGAGCUGCGCUUGGGGACAGUCGAGCAACUUCUAAACACACAGCUUCACAAGCAGGCACUUACCGGUUUCGCGAUUUCCCCGUCAGCAGAUGGAGACCGUCUGAAAGAUCUUGUGCGACUUACUGCGAAGCAGGCAUGCCAGCUGCUUGAAGGGCCCAGCUUACAGAUGGCAUAUCUGGAGGACCAGUAUUUCGCACUUGGUGAUGCGGUCUUGCAAGCUGGCCUCGACUUCGACAAUGAGGAGAGGUUUCGGAACACCUUCGAAGACUUCUUGGCAAAAAGAGAGGAGCUGAGGAUGGCAGCGCGGAGGAACGCCUUUAUACCUUACGUGCCGCGAACUCGGGCUGCAAAGAGGAGCAGAAAGGAUCUUCCGCCUAUGACGCAGUUUGAGAAGAAUCUCCUGCAAGACAUUCAGCGAGUACUGAAGGCUCGGCAGGCAAGUCAAAGCUGGAUUUCACUGUCGGAGUUGCUCGAGGAUCCAGUCAUUCGGAGGGCACGGUGCAAGCUUCCCCGUGGGCUGGCCUUAUGGGAGUGGCUGUCUUUGCGUUGCGGGGACAGCGGUGAUGCUGAGAUCACCAUGGUCAAUGAGAGAUCCGACAUGCUGCUGCAGAUGGUCACGGCGAGUGGCCCGGCAGAUGCACUCCAGAUGACAUUAGAAGAAAGAAAGCAAGAGUUGUCACUGGCAGUUUUCGAGACGCUGGCGAUCUUGCAGCGAAACUUCCCCGAUGGCGGAGGUCUCAGCCUGGAAGAUCUGCAGCAAGUCCCAGCAGUUGCGAGAUUGCAGUUCGGCAGACCGGCCUUGCAGCAGGCACUAAGCCGGAUGAAGACGGUCAAGGUGUUUGCGCGGGCUGACGGGCAACAGAUGGUUCAGCUGCGACCAGCUGCUGAGGUCCUUGGCAAGGAAGGCGCCAAUGGCAGAGCUUCAUCGACACAGGAGACCAAGGAAUCGGAGAAGUCCAAGCCAGACAAGCUUGCAGCCAAAGACGCUGCGACGAAUUCACAGUCUAAGUCAACGCGACCGAGUUCGUUGUCCACAUCGGGCAGCACUCGGCAGGCGAUGCAAGGCUUCGGUCCACACCGUGAAAAAGAGAGUAUGUGCUGUAGAGAGUGGUGGUUAGAUCGCCAGCAACAGUUGCCAGACCGAGUUCCAGUGACUGUUGAAGGAUGGAGAAGGGUACAAGACCAAUUCUUCAAAGGUUGGCCGCCAUUGCCGGAUGGGUGGAUACGUGUGAUCUCCCGAUCAACUGGCAAGGUCUUCUUCGUCGACCAGCAUGGUGGCGGAGUUGGACAACUGGAGCUUCCACAGGAUGUAACAGCCACGGUGCAGUCAGCGUCCUGA